CUCCCAAGUUCACAUUCCGACUGUAGGGGAUCGAGUUCACACUCUCGGUCCCAUCGUUCAUUCUUCGUAUCGACAAGUCGUACGCGAUUUUUCGCAUUGCUUUCCGAACCAUGGAGCGGUCCUUUCUGAUGGUGAAGCCCGACGGCGUCCAGCGUGGUCUGGUCGGUGAAAUCGUCCGUCGCUUUGAGGCCAAAGGGUUCAAACUGGUGGCCAUGAAAUUCGUGUGGGCUUCCGAGGACCUGCUCAAACAGCAUUACGCCGACCUUUCGUCCAAACCUUUCUUCCCAGGACUGGUCUCCUACAUGGCAUCUGGCCCGGUUGUGCCGAUGGUGUGGGAGGGAUUGGACGUGGUCAAGACAGGCCGUGUGAUGCUCGGCGCUACCAACCCAAAGGAUUCCGCCCCAGGCACCAUCCGCGGCGAUCUUUGCAUCGACGUCGGCCGCAACAUCAUCCACGGCUCCGACUCUGUGGAGUCGGCCAACAAGGAAAUCGCUUUGUGGUUCAAACCCGAGGAGCUUGUCCAGUGGCAGCACGCAUCCCACUCCUGGAUUUACGAAUAAAUUUGUUGCGCUGUACUAAAUUUUCGCAUGCACCACUUUCAACGAGCAAUUUCCUCAAACGGGUACAAAUAAAUAAACGCUCGAGAGACUUGACACCACCAAAAGUUCCA